GUGGGGGCCAGCAGGCAGAGAGAAGGGGCGAGUGUAUAAAAGGGCCCACAAGAGACCAGCUCCAGGAUCCCAAGGCCCAACUCCCCAAACCACUGAGAGUCCUGCGGACAGCUCACCCAGCUGCAAUGGCUACAGGCUCCCGGAUGUCCCUGCUCCUCGCUCUUGCCCUGCUCUGCCUGCCCUGGCUUCAAGAGACUGGUGCCUUUCCAAGAAUUCCCUUAUCCAGGCUUUUUGGCGACGCUAUGCUCCGUGCCCAUCAGCUGCACCAGCUGGGCUUUGACACCUACCAGGAGUUUGAAGAAAAUUAUGUCCCAAAAGAACAGAAGUAUUUCUUCCUGCGCAACCCCAAGACCUUCUUCUGCUUCUCAGAGUCUAUCCCGACACCCUCCAACAAGGAGGAAGUGCUGGCAAAAUCCAACCUAGAGCUGCUCCACAUCUGCCUGUUCCUCAUCCAGUCCUGGCUGGAACCCAUGCAGCUCCUCGGCACUGUCUUUGCCAACAGCCAACGGCAUAACAUCUUGGACACCGAUGUCUAUGAGUACUUAAAGGACCUAGAGGAAGGCAUCCAAAUUCUGAUGGGGGUGAGUGUGGCACCAGGGGUCCCCAAUCCUGGGUCCCCACUGGCUUCCAGAGCUGGGGGAAAGAAACA